AACACAAGGGUUCAAUAAAAGCUGGCCCAACUCCGACCCACCCCGACAUCAGAAUACCCAUGCCUCUCUGCCCCUCUCACUGUUUUGCCGGUCGAGACAGAACUUUUGGGCGUUUUCGGUGAGUUCUGCCGCCUGUGUCCUAUACUCUGCGGCCUGCGCCAUUCUUAGCACUUAGCAGUGCUCCAGCAAAACCCAUUGAAUGGUUAUUCCUCCGCCUAUUAGGCCUCCAAGAAUUACAAACUAUCUCAAGCCUUACGUCCUGAAGAUGCACUUUACAAACAAGUAUGUGAGUACCCAGGUGAUACACGCACCGACUGCCACUAUUGCCUCUUCUGCAAGUUCACAGGAGAAGGCCUUGAGACCAAGCAUGGAAUCUACUCGGGAUGUAGCUGCUGCUGGAAAGAUCGGAAAAAUAUUGGGGGAGCGCCUACUGCUCAAAGACAUCCCAGCUGUUGCUGUUCACUUGAAGAGAGAACAAAGAUAUCAUGGUAAGGUCAAAGCUGUCAUUGAUUCUUUGAGGGAAGCUGGUGUCAAGUUGCUUUAAAUUUUCUUUUGCAUUAUAAACUGAAAUGUAUUCUUUAGUUUCUAGCAGUUUUUUGUUCUAUGAGUAUUCCUUGGGGGAGAUCAAAGGAAGUGGAUGGUGGGGUUAGUAUAUUUCAAGCUGCCCUAUGUGAUCAUGAGUAACUUGGUUUCCUGGAAAUUGGGAUUGAUACUGACUGAACUGUAUCAUUUGUCUUUGUUAACUUCUUGAUGAAUGUUACUUUGUAGACCAA